GAAUCCUUUUCCCUUAUUAGGAGUAUUUUAAUAUUUUGAUCACAUCUUCUAGAGAUCUCCUUCAUCCUUCAUUUGCAAAUACUCAAAACAAGCACCAUCUAAUUGGCCAAUCACUCCCAUAUUGAGAAUUGUUCGGUAACUUCCGAGAAAUCAUGUAACUUUACUUCCUUAAAUCACUACUCCGUACAACUCUUAUUGAGAGGAGCUUAUAAAGCUCGACAAUCAUACUCGCAAUGAUUGUCCGGUCUCCUACACUUAGCGGCGCACUACGACAAAAUGCACUGGGAAAUGUAUGCCUAUCAUGUUCCCUACGAACGGAAUUGAGGGGAAUUCGAAGAGCGGGGAGGAAUUUCUCGAACACUAAUGGAAGGAAAGCGACUGCGGUUCAGAGACUGGGGACGGGAUACUUCUUUGCAAAUAGAGAUAUCUUUGGGAAUGUGGGAAAGGGUGGUAUGAGUACCGUCGCUGAUGUAGUCAGUGUGAAAGAUAUGAACGGGGCAACGAAAAUCAUUGGGAAGGAAUCUGCGACACCGACCACUACACAAUUAGAAGACUUACCACCACAUCGACGAAGGCGGCAUAAACAAUCUCUUGAACAAGAAAGCGAUAAAGAAUUUCUCCCCGAGAAUUCCUCCACGAUCCACGCUGAUCGCGCAAGUGCACUUCCACGAUCUUCCAUAAAACGACUAUUAUCAAUCCUCUUAUCACUCACCAAACCCCGCCUCUCGAUGCUCGUCGUCCUCACUGCAUGCUCAGCCUAUACUCUGUAUCCCGUCCCAUCACUUCUUUCUUCUACACUCCUCGAAACACCAAGUCUGAGUCCACUUACCCUCCUCUUCCUCACAACGGGUACUGCCUUAUGCGCCGCUUCCGCAAAUACCCUCAAUAUGCUUUAUGAGCCCAAAUUCGAUGCCCAAAUGUCACGAACACGGAAUAGACCGCUUGUUCGGAAGCUUAUAUCUCCUGGAGGUGCUCUACUUUUCGCAAUUGCAAGUGGAGUCAUUGGAGUGGGAGGUUUAUAUUAUGGAGUUAAUCCCACUACUGCCUUUCUAGGCGCUCUCAAUAUUGGGCUAUAUGCUGGUGUAUAUACGCCAUUUAAGAGAAUCACGGUGUUUAAUACCUGGAUUGGUGCAGUAGUUGGAGGUAUUCCACCUCUUAUGGGAUGGACCGCUGCAGCUGGGCAAACUUCUUCGCAUCUUUCUUCUUCAUCAACACCUGAAUGGCAGGAUUUACUUCUUGGACCCGAUAAUGCCGGAGGUUGGUUACUGGCAGGAUUGUUAUUCUCAUGGCAACUUGCACAUUUCAUGUCUCUAUCCUGGUCUAUUCGUCACGAAUACAAAGAGGCAGGAUAUAAAAUGUUAUGCUGGGUAAAUCCAGCCAUGAAUGGCCGUGUAGCUCUUAGAUACAGUAUCCUCUGUAUACCUCUAUGUAUUGGCCUCUGUUACGCGAAUGUAACUGAAUGGACCUUUGCAGCAGCUAGUAUGCCAGUAAAUAUAUGGCUAGUGCGAGAAGCCUAUAGAUUCUGGAAAUAUGAGGGUCAAAAAGGAAGUGCGAAAAAUCUUUUCUGGGCUAGUGUUUGGCAUUUACCAGUUGUACUUGUUUUGGCAAUGGUGGAAAAGAAAGGAUUGUGGAGUAGAAUUUUAUCGGUGAUUUUUGGACAAAGGACGGAGGAUGAUGAGGAGUGGGAAUAUGUGGAUGAGGAUGAAGAGGAAUUACCUGGACAGAAAGCACCUGUUCCAGUACUUGUCGCAGCGAAUGCGAAUAGAUAAAUCGUAUGGAAGAAAUUCUGUGCAUACUUGAGAGAUUUUUUUCACCUCUCUACUUUUUAUGCUGCAUUUCUUGUACAACACAAUCUGGUAUAGAUGUGAACGUACUAGCGGGCGUUCAAUGUUAGAUAUACUACCCCUUGUAUUCUAUCUCUCUAUCAUUCCAUGUCUUCAUUUCGCCUUAUUAUAGCUUGUCUCAGCCAUCCAUCAACCCCGAUCUCAUUUCAUUAUAUUAUUCAUCAUCAAAGUUGAUUCAAAAAAUAAAUAGGACUCAUUCAUAUUCAUAUUAUCCAAUCCAAUCCAAUCCACACAACACAAUCAUUGAAGAAAUUCCACAUAUUCUAUUCCUAAUGUCUAAACCAAUAACACUACGUUCGCUGGAUACCUAACAACAUAUUCAUUAUUGUUCGCAUUUCGCAUCACAUCACAGCAUACUCGUCAGCUCGAAUCGAAUCGAACUAUGGUACUUGUGAAUUGGAGGAGAUUAUGAACUGCGAGUGUGGAGGUUUUAGUUACUUGAUCUCGCUUCUUUUCGUGCUUUAGAGAAAUGAUGGCAUGGAUGGAGUAUGGGGUAUGGAGUAUGGAAUAUGGGCAUAUUGUGCUGUGGUGGAUUAGGUACUUUUUUGGUGUGAAAAUUGCAAAAAUGAAUUGAUUUGAAGAGAGGAAAAUUGCGGAGUUGAGGGUGUGGAAAUGAUUCCUUGAAGAGAAAAGAAUGCGUGUUUUAAUUACUAU